CAACUUAUUUACUCACACACAUCAUAAAACCCUCCCUUCAUAAACCCUAGUUGGCGCAUACGCAGCAACGCAGCACUGCUCGGCCGUUCCUCUGCUUUGAUUUUAAUCUUCCGUUUAAGGUGAUUGUCAAUUUCAAUUCAACAACCGAUUAAAGAUUUCCAAUGGACUCUGCAAAUAUCAGAGACGUAUUGACUUCCUUUAGCCCAUCGUUGGACUUUCUUGCUAUCAGUUCCGGUGAUGGCCGGAUUAAGAUUUGGGACACUAUAAAGGGCCAAGUGCAAACAGACUUUGCAAACAUCGUGUCAACAACUCAUGAAACAGACUUUUUUGCUAAACCUGAAGGUGGACGGCGCAUGUCGGUUGAUUACACUUGCAUGAAAUGGCUGCCCUUAGAGAAAAAGAAAAAAAGGAAACAGCGAAGCUCAUUGCUUAUUUUAGGAACCGGGGGUGGUGAUAUUCUAGCUUUGGAUGUAUCUGCGGGUCAACUAAAGUGGAGGGUCAGUGAUUGCCAUCCCGGAGGUGCCACUGCCAUCUCAUCUCCUUCAAGUGGAUCGAGUGUGUAUACUGCGGGUGUCGAUGGGAUGAUAUGUGAACUUGAUUCCAUGACAGGAAACUUGUUGGGCAAGUUUAAAGCCUCAGCAAAAGCCAUAUCUGCAAUGUGCGUUUCAUCAGAUGGGAAGCUUUUAGCAACAGCAGCAGCUCAACUAAAGAUCUUCAGUUGUUCAGACCACAAAAAGAUGCAGAAAUUUUCCGGGCAUCCUGUGGCUGUUCGGUGUAUAAGUUUCUCCGAUGAUGGCAAAUAUGUCAUUUCAUCUGCUGUCGGUGAACGGUAUAUCGCCAUUUGGGAGAUAGACGGUAGCAAAAAGAAAUCAGCUUCUUGUGUUCUUGCAAUGGACCACCCUGCUAUCUUCAUAGAUAGCAAGUCGCACGGUGCAGAUAACUCAGGUCUGUCCGUACUCGCCAUUUCAGAAAUGGGCGUUUGUUACAUGUGGAGCGGAACAAAUAUUGACGAACUGCACAAUUCCAAGCCAACAAAAGUCAUGGUAUCUGUAGACGAUGAUUUCUCUAAGAAUUACAAGGGUGCGGGCCCGACUAUAUUUUCGGCAAAAUUACAAACUUUUUCGAAGCCCGCAACUAGUCAAGUUUUUCUUGCCCAUGGCUUGCUGAUAAAGCCGACAUUCGAGAAACUCGCGGUACACUAUGGUACAGACGUAAAGCUAUCCAGUUCGAUGGAUGGUAUUCUCUUACCUUUGACCCAAUCUCAUAAGUCAAAGAAAGGGCAAGAAAACCGGAAUCACAUUACGGCUUUAGACCGUGCGAAUACCGAAGGUGCCUUGCUUCCGGUUUCUAAGAUUUUUGAUGCUCCUGAUGUCAAAAGCAGAGAUACACAUUCAUUAACUAAAGACGAUGUGGAAAUGGAGGAAGUAACCGUAUGCCUCGAAGACCGGCUGAGAGCUGAAGGCAUUCUCAUGAGUGAUAACGAUCUAAAAUCUAACACUGUUACGUUAUCCAAGCUUUUAAAGGGUGUCAACCUUGAAGCUGUUGUACCACAAAAACAGAUGAGAGCAGCUGUUUUAUCUAUGACACCGGAGGAUGCGUGUACAUCGUUAAAAAUAUUGUUGUCCAUGUGGCAAUCAAGGUCAAUGAACGGGCAAUACAUUCUUCCAUGGGUUUGUUGCAUAUUAGUGCAUCAUGGCCACUAUGUUAAAUCUGAAGAAUCAGCAUCGCAAUUACUGGAUUCAUUGCAUAAGCUAACAAAGUCAACAGGGUCUGUUACUCAGUCUUUGCUACAGUUGUCCGGGCGUUUGCAACUUGUAACAGCACAGAUUAACAAGGCUGCUGAUAAAAGUCAAAUUUUGAAACAAGAAAGUGAAGCUGAAGACGAUGAUGAUGAUGAUGAUGAAGAAGAAGACAUGCUUUAUGAUGAAGAUGACACAUCUGAAAAUACUAGCGAUGACGACAAGAACUAGGUCAGUUUCAGACAAAAAACAUAGGUUUUGUUUUCUUCAUUAGAUGUCAUUUUCCCUGUGUAGAAAUGAUAUCUUCGGAGGUAUAAUUUAGUAAUUUAGAAGCUUUCCUAUUAUUAUUAUUAUUAUUAUCAAGUCUUUGGUCAUGUUCUAAACGAGCCCUGCAGAAACAGUUACGUCUUCUCUAGUUCUCUUUUUGGUGAUUUUUUGUUAACUUAAUGUAAUUGAUCUUGUAAGCUACAGUUACUGAAUAUCAGAAAAGUUUUGUUUUUUUUCACCA